AUGUCGAUCAAGUUUGCGUCGGGACCAAUCGAUAGUCUUCCCACGAUUACCCCCACGGCCGAAGGUCCGACCUCGGAGGUUCCUACUACUCAGGUUCCUACCACUCAGGUUCCUACUACCCAAACUCCUACCACUCAAGCUCCUACUACUCAAGCUCCUACCACUCAAGCUCCUACUACUCAAGCUCCUACUACCCAGGUUCCUACCACUCAGGCUCCUACUACCCAGGCUCCUACCACUCAGGCUCCUACUACCCAGGCUCCUACCACUCAGGCUCCUACUACCCAGGCUCCUACCACUCAGGCUCCUACCACUCAAACUCCUACUACCCAGGUUCCUACCACUCAGGCUCCUACUGUUCCAGGAAAGUUACUAAUUCAAAUAGUGCGUACUUGUGGAACUACGGCUCCUGAGGAGGAAUCGUUUGCUAUAUUUGAAGGAGAAGAUUAUCUGUCGUCGGAACCAAUAUAUAGUGUAACAGGCUGUGUAACGGGCACUGAAGAAAUCUGGAUUAAUCCAGUUUUGCACACUAUUCUGUUAAAGGACAGUGGAUCGAAUGGCUGGGAUUCAGGUUCGAAAGUUGAGCUGUAUUAUAUGGGUGCUUCGUUUUUGUUUACGAUGAGUUCGGAUGCUGAAUAUACCUCAACAUUCAAUUUUGGACCGACUCCUACAGAAGGUCCUAAGGAAAUUGUAGUGGAUGACAGCAUUGGCUCAAUCGACAACAUUCCAAAAGAUGUAACUAAGCUGACAUUCAAGGAAGGUUCUUUCAACAAUGUAACGUUUGUUGUGCUCGAUUUCCCUUAUUUGAAAAUCCUGAUAUUCGAGAAUAACACAUUUAUGAAUACCCAGUAUAUUGAGAUAAAUGCACCUGUUCUGGAAGAGUUAAUAAUUGGUGAGAAUUGCUUCUCUGGACUGGCUACUACUCGAAGAUUGCUGGAUGUAUCUGGAAAAUUAGUACUCAACACUCCUGCAUUGAAAAAAGUGGUUGUUGGUACUAAUUCCAUGCAAAACAUUAGCAUUGUGGUACUGACUCAAGUGAGUGUCGAUAUUCAAUUUGUUCUGAGUAUGAAUGCGAUGAACAAUGUGAUUAAAAUCGAGUACAGAGUGGAGAUAUCCAUUGAAAUCGUAAUUAGGAUAAAAACGACCAUUGAAAACAAUGAAGGCCAUGAAGGACCUGUCGAUGUUGAACCUGUUAACCCUCCUACUACUCAAGCGCCUACUACUCAGGUUCCCACCACUCAAGCACCUACACCCACUCCUACACCUACUCCUACUCCAACUCCUACUCCUACUCCUGAACCUUGGUUCCCCAUCUAUGAUCCUUUCAUUCUCGGAGAUAACUGCAAUUAUGCAACUCCUGAUACUUGUGUACAAGAUAUCAUUUCUGAAACCAAUGUUACUGCAUUGUAUUUGGCAAUUCGUGAUGCUUAUCCUACGAAAGCUUUAGCUCAUACUCGUGUAAUUGCUCUUUCUGGAGUUGAUAAAAUCAAUAUUGAAUUAUGGAUUGAUUCUCUGGGUAAACAAGUAUGGAAUCCUGCUCCUAUCGAUUUAUACAUUUUACCCGAUCCUAUUAGAGGUCGAAUUAUUAGUACUGAACUUGCUAUACUUCAUUUGAAAUUGGUUCAAUUCACACGUCCUCGUAUUCUCUAUAUUGGUGAUGGAACAUUAUAUCGUGAAGGAUUCUUAGAACUAUUGAAGGAUAUGAAUGAUAACAAAGAUAAGGGUUGGUUUGUAAAUUUGGAAGAAUUCUAUGUUGUGAAGAACUACAUUGCUGCAUAUGAUUAUUAUAUAGAAUCGCAGCGUCCUGGUUAUGCUGCUAAUCUUACUAGAGAUAUUGUUGAUAUUCUAUAUAACAUGUGUACAAAUAAAGUCUAUUUCCCAAAAUUGCAAUACAUAAAUCUGAAUAUGAAUGGAUACAAUUUGCAGGGAGCUGCUGGAUUCUCUGAGGAAUUGAAAAAUGCUUGUCCUUCUGUAACUGGUGUUAUAAUUGAAGCUGGAGAUGCUAUGGCAAUAUCUCCUGUAUUCUGUCUGGAUGAACAAUAUUUCCAGCCUCAAACAAUGACUCGAACUUACUAUUAUGAUAUGAAUGAUGCUAAAGAUGCUGCUCAAUGUCGUUUCAAUUGGAAUUGGGAAGUGACUGGCAUGUUCAACAAUGAUAUAACUGGACCAUAUCCUUUGCCUACUACUCCGAAUUGUCCUGGAUAUGAAACCACAACCCCAAUACCUGUCACUCAAGCACCUACAAGUCCAGUUCCAACAAUGCCUCUAACUACGCCUACUCCUACUCCUGAACCUUGGUUCCCCAUCUAUGAUCCUUUCAUUCUCGGAGAUAACUGCAAUUAUGCAACUCCUGAUACUUGUGUACAAGAUAUCAUUUCUGAAACCAAUGUUACUGCAUUGUAUUUGGCAAUUCGUGAUGCUUAUCCUACGAAAGCUUUAGCUCAUACUCGUGUAAUUGCUCUUUCUGGAGUUGAUAAAAUCAAUAUUGAAUUAUGGAUUGAUUCUCUGGGUAAACAAGCAUGGAAUCCUGCUCCUAUCGAUUUAUACAUUUUACCCGAUCCUAUUAGAGGUCGAACUAUUAGUACUGAACUUGCUAUACUUCAUUUGAAAUUGGUUCAAUUCACACGUCCUCGUAUUCUCUAUAUUGGUGAUGGAACAUUAUAUCGUGAAGGAUUCUUAGAACUAUUGAAGGAUUUGAAAAGAGGCAAGUAUAUGGGUUGGUUUGUAAAUUUGGAAGAAUUCUAUGUUGUGAAGAACUACAUUUCUACCUAUGAUAUUUUUACAGAAUUUAUGUAUCCUGGUUAUGCUGUUGAUUUAACAAAUCAAAUUGUGUCUCAUUUGAAUGACAUGUGUACAGAUAAAACGAAUUUCCCAAAAUUGCGAUAUAUAAAUCUGAAUAUGAAUGGAUACAACUUGUUAGGAGCUGCUAAUUUUGCCCAGGAAUUGAAAAAUGCUUGUUCUCCUGAAACUGGUGUUAUAAUUGAAGCUGCUGAGAUGUUGGUGAAAUAUCCUGUAUUCUGUGUGGAUGACUAUUCUUUCCAGUCUCAAAUAAUGACUCGAACUUACUAUUAUGAUAUGAAUGAUGAGAAAGAUGCUGCUCAAUGUCGUUUCAAUUGGAAUUGGGAAGUGACUGGAAUGUUCAACAAUGAUAUAACUGGACCAUAUCCUUUGCCUACUACUCCGAAUUGUCCUUGGAUAUGAACCUAACAUUUUAUGGCCAGUAUUCCGUUAAAUAGAUAUUCGUUCAUAAAAUAAUUCCUGGAGG